AUGUCCGCGCGUCUCGCGUCGCCUUCGGGCGCGCUCGCGCCCCGUCUCCGACAGUCGCCGUCGCGACCCUCACCGGUGACGCAUCGCGCGCCUCGCGUCGCGCGCGCCUCGCCGUGGAGCUAUCCCGACGGCAGCAACCCACUCGAAGGUUUCUUCGCCUCGUCGAGCCCGAUCGACGGCUUGGGCGCGCUCACGGGGUACUGGUACCUCGACGUCUUCGCGGGCAUGAACGUCGUCUUGCUGUGCGCGCUCGCGCUGACGAUGGACGACGAGACGUUCGAUCGGCGCGACGGCGAUUGA